AAUAGUAAAAGUCAGUCAAUUUUUCUUAAAAAAAUAUGCUUUGGGGUUUAACUCCAGCUUUAGAUCUUGCGGGAGAACUAAAUAGACACGUUCAUCUAAAUGAUGAGGUAAAUAUUUUACUGGUUGGCAGUUCAGAUUGCCGUCACAUUUUAAAAACGUUAGCGAAGCGUUACACAAGAAAACACAUAAAAUUAAAUUUUUUUAUAAUGGAGUCUUGUCAAGAAGCGGUUGCGAAACAAAUCCUUUUACUUUAUCUUGCCUUACGACCGGAAGAAGAACUCGGAAUCGUCCAAAAAACCAGGUAUUUUAUGGAACUGUACGGAAACAGUAUGAUUAGACCAGCAGUUGCAAAUUACCUAUCAUCAAGAUCGUCGGAUUUUGUUGAAAUGAUCACAAAUUAUGAGUAUAUGAACGAAAUAAUGCCGUUUUUAAAACUGGAUAUUAAAUACAAAGAUAGAGAUUAUAUCGAAAAUGUUUUUAAAUUUUGGGGUGGGAUCGAUCCGUUCGAUAUUUGCGAUUGUUGGGAUAAAAGAGUAAGAAAAACUUUAGGGGUUAGAUAUGAUAACAAAAAAGGCGCGUUCGAUUGGGAUCUUCAAAUGAGAUUCCAUGCCAUCGGAGGAAAUAUUGUUGGAGGCCAGGAAUAUCAAUAUUUUCGAAGUACUGGUGUCGCUUUCUCUUGGUUAGAAUCGGAAGUUUCGAAACCAAAUCGAUCAAUGGUUACUGGGGUCAUUCCGAAUGGUGAAAAAUUUCUCCAUUACGGAUAUUUAGGUGAUAUUAUUACCGGGCCGUUUGUUACGUACGGUUUGGAAUGUUCAGAUCCAACAUUUUUAACGAAAACCAACAAUUUAUAUGCAAACCGAUCAACUGAUGUCACUGAAAGGAAUUUAAGAGAAAUUUUUCAUGAGAUACAUUAUAACUCUAAUUAUACUCACCAAAAAACUAGCGAUGUGAACUUAGGGUAUUGCGUCGCACAAUUAAAUGAUUUAAAAGUUACUGAUGUACAACAGGAAAAAAAUGUUAUUAAGAAAAAGGUGAGAAAAUGUAUUGAAAUUGAGGAUUUUACCGUGACGUUUUUGUCGUUACAAAUGUUAUCAUCCAUGAAACAUAAAGAAAAAUUUCACAACUUAUUCGAUGUGGUAUAUUUUAAUUCGAGUUAUAUCAAAAAUAUUGAACAAGAUUUAAUUGAAAAAAUAGCAAACAAUCAAUCUCUUUUAUACAUAGAAAAUUGCCUUUUUGUUUUAAAUUGCAGAGAAAAAGACUUGGAAGAAUAUAAAAAAAAUGUUUUAGAUAAAAUCGGAGAGUUAGAUAAAAAGGAAAUAGAAUUCAACCCAACAAUGAGUAAAUAUUUUAAGUUUAUUAUAAAAUAAUAACGUAAUG